GCCAAGGAGCUAGCGACAUGUAACACACUAGCAAGCACGGGACGGCCUCCGCCGAGGCGGCUUACGCCAGGCGUGGUGCAGCAGGGCUCCUGGGAGCGAGGCGUGGCGCAUCUCAACUAUUGGGAGCGAUCCGUCGUGCCGCCUCGCAGCCGCCGGACACGUCUGCAAGCUAUAGGCUGUGAACAGCCAGUUUAGCAGCCAACAACAAUAGCAGCCAAAACGAUGCAGCGGGGUUUCACGUCGAGCAGCCCGCGCGACAGCCAGGAGCGGCCGCGCAGCGUCGAACCGGCCGUACCCUUGAAGAGCGUGGUGCACAACCCCGGCACGUCUUCCUUGUUCCCGAGCUUCGCGAGCCUUUUUGACGACGGCCCGGCUAUUACACCUAGACAUGCGCACGAGCUCAGCUUGCAAAGAGCCGUGACGAGUCAAGACGUGGCUCCCUUACUCAAUUCAAGAAUGAGAGAGCUCUACGCGCGCUUCAGCAACAAUCAACCAGACGAGAACGUCGAGGACGAAUCCACGCAACGGGAGCGUGCCGUGGCCGCGCGCAAAGCACUCCAGGACGUGCCGCGGAGCUUCUUUGCGGAUGACGCGAGCUUUGAGCUCCAGAACGCGUCCAGUGCCUUCGCAUCUAACUCAUCUCUGGACGACGCCGAGCGAACAAAACAACUGGACGAGGCCCAGGCCCACUUGGAUGCGGUGGAAGGCGCUCUGGUAGCGCAGCUCCGCGAUAGUUCCGACGACUUCUUUGACGCGCUCGGGGAUUUCCGGGCGUUGUGGGGUCAGGUGUCGCGCACGGGCGCCCAAGUCCGGGCAUUGAGGACGAAGCUGAGGGAUACGCAGUCGGACGCCGUCGAGGGGACGAUGCGCGUGCCUCGGCUAGCUUGCAGACAAUCUAAUGUGGUGGCCUUCGCUAGUACGUUACGACAAGUGAAGGAGGUGCGAGACGCGUCGGAGAAAGCCAGAGCGCUCAUGUUAGCUGAGGACUUCCCCGAGACGUGUCGCGUCAUCCACGAGGCACGAGAGACGCUGGACGGCCCGCUCAAGGGUGUCGCCUGUUUAAAACAUACGGCGCAUCACCUCGCCCAAUUCCAGGACCUAGCUUUGAGUUAUAUGGGCAACCAGUGGACGGCUUUAGCUGUCAUCAACGCCUGGGACGGCGACGGUGGGGUGGGUCGGAGAUCGGUUCCUGUCAGUAGAAUAGCGCCGCUCGUCGAAGGUUUGCGGAGGGCAGGUCGAUUACCUCAGGUUUUACAGAGGUAUCGCCAACGCUUCGACGAGGACGCUAGAGAUUUAGUGAAGACCGUGGUCUCAGAAUGCGCGGGCGGAACUGAUGAUGACGUGUGCGGGGAAGUGGCCGCGGCGCGGCUGGCGGCGCUAGAUGCGUCGGCCUUUCAAAGUUGUCUCGACUUGUGUCUGGAGCAUCUUCUUGCGAGUGUUUGUGGCGCCGUGGCGUUACAUAACGCUUUAUCUGCAUUACUUACAUCUAGGGUGGACCCUACAGUACUAAUCAAGAACGAGCCGCAAGCCCUUUCAGAGAUAGAAGAUGAUGAUUUGGUGCGGAACUCGAGGGACGGCGUGGGCGAGUUGUGCGAGGGCGUCCUGAAACGCGUCGGGCGGCUGGUGCAGCUCCGGAAAGAGCAAAAUGCUCGCCUCAAGCAGUCGGAGUUACGGAGAGUGUGGGCCUCGUCCCUAGCUUUCGCUUCAUCAAUAGAACGGGCCACGGGCGAGCCCGCCUUCGCGCUUCGAAGCGCUCUCGUGGCUCAGGCUCGGGCGUUUCUCGAGAAGAGGCACUCCGACGCGAAGGCGGCAUUAGUAGCGUGCCUAGACGCGGAACGCUGGGCCCAGGCCGACGUGACGCCGGAACGACAGUCACGGUUGGAUCGGUUGAGCCAAGGUUUAACAAAUGACGAGGAUGAUACCGUGUCUGAUGUGACACCGCCGGCGCGAGACAAACGGAGUCUACGAGCAGCAAACGUCGAAGGGCGCACGUAUAAAUGUGUGUGGAGUGGUCUGGUGCUGCUGGAUCGCAUUCUGGAUGCGUUAGGUGCUGCGGCAGCCUUCCCUGUGAUUGCCUCGGAGGCGACCGCGUGCGUCGUCGACCUAGCUAGAUUCUUCGAAAGUAGAACUAGACAGUUAGUGCUGUUCGCGGGGGCUCUACAUUCCUCGGCUCGCCUGAGAACUAUAACAGCAAAGCAUCUAGGAUUGGCCUCGCAAUCAUUAAAUUUGAUCGAAGCUUUAUUGCCGCACGUCCGAGCCGCUCUCUCGGACGCCUUGCAGAACAACGACUCCGAGCUGUUGAAGGAGGUCGAUGCUGUUUCUAGAGAUUAUGCUGAUCAUCAUCGGAAGAUCCUGGCGAAAUUCUCCACAAUUAUUGGCGAGGUCGUCGACGCCGCCGGCGCGUCUCUAUCUCAAUUCUCCUACGCUGCUUGCAGUGGCGAGGCGCCGUUCGCGCCUUUUGUGAGUGACGUGGCGAAGAAUUUGACUGCCUUGCAUGGAGUAUUAGCGAAGCAACUCCCACCUUCGCAGCUCGAGGAGGUCUGUGGGGACAUCUUUUCGUUGUUGUCCGUGCGGCUUCCCUUGUUGUUCCGGCCGGCGAUUCCUUCCUCUUCCGAAGCGAAGGAGAGGUUGGUUGAGGAUCUGAACUUUUUGAGGAGAGCGGCGAAGGAGUUAGAUUCGGCCGCGGCGGAGAAAUUGAGGCUGGACGCGUUCGUCGCCGAGGUGCGGGAGGGUAAUAAGCCGUCGUAAUUUAUCAC